AUGGAGGACGGCCCGAGUAAGAUCCGGAGAAUAUGCGUCUACUGCGGCUCGAGCUCUGGCACUAAUCCCGUCUAUGGCGAAGCGGCAGCGGAGCUCGGCCGGGAAAUCGCGGCCCGGGGAUUUGAUUUGGUGUACGGGUCAGGAAGCAUUGGCCUGAUGGGUAUAGUCGCGCGAACAGUGCACGAAAAUGGGCGGCAUGUGCUAGGGGUAAUUCCCCAUGCGCUCGUGCCUCUGGAGGUAUCUGGGCCGUCCGUUGGCGAGGUGCGGUUGGUGCGAAACAUGCACGAGCGAAAGGCGGAGAUGGCGAAAGCAGCUGACGCGUUCAUCGCUCUGCCAGGUGGGUACGGCACGCUGGAGGAGCUUCUAGAGAUGGUGACCUGGUCGCAGCUCGGCAUUCACGACAAGCCGAUCGCCGUGCUCAACGCCAACGGCUACUUCGACUCGCUGCUCGCCUUCUUCGACCGCGCCGCGCAGGAGGGGUUCGUGAACGCGACGAAUCGCAGCAUCGUGAUGUCGGGUCGCACGGCUAAGGAGGUGCUGGAUUUAAUCGAAGCGUUCGACGCGGAUAGCCGAGGCGCGUUGCUGGCCAAGGAGCGGUGGCAUGGGGAGGAAGGUUCAGGAUCGGGGAGGGAUGGGGUGACCAAAGAGGAGUUGGUGAAGGCUGUUGUCGAACCCUGA